UUUGUUGUCACCGUUAUAUUCAGACGCAUGCGCAUUGUUACCUGUUUCCUCAUGAAAUGUGUACCUGCGCUCUAAUGAGCCACUGAAAUUCGUUUUGUACUCCGUCGGUUGAGCAGUUUGGACUAUUUAUCUGCCACAAACAUCACCUCCCACCUUGACAAAGACACCUAGCUUUGUCUUAACCUACUGGACUGAGUGAAUUUCCGAAGAAGACUUCGUCAACUCAGAGUAGCGGAAGACGGCGGAAGGUGUAAGCAGAAGCGGGUAAAUAUAGUGGGAAACUCCACGGAAACCUGUACAGGUACACAAAGUUUGGAGUAAGGAGGUGUGCGUAUAGAGUGAAGAACUCAGCUUUGCUUUUCCAAAUUGAGGAUAAGGCAAUUGAAGGCACCAUCCAAGAAGGACUUUACACUUAAAUUGUAUUGUGGAGCAGUUUUCCAAAAAGUAGGUCGGUGUUAAAAGCCUGCGUUUAAUUUUGAGAGAUAGCGGGGAAGGACCUCUGGAAUAGACCAUGCCACGAGCUUUCCUGGUGAAGAAGACGGGAAAUUCACCCGGCAAGAGAAACUGGAGCGAUCUACCGGAUCAUGAACGCGGUGAUAUUUAUAUUCCAGUCUCCAUGUCUCCCGUUGCUCUGCGAGAGGAGACCGAAGCCAGUCCGGCAGAGGUGGCGCUGUGCCUGUCCACUCGCAAGGACCACAGCAUCUACACGUACAACCAGAUGUACACCGAUGACCCUGGUGCAGUGGUUCCUGCCGCUGAGCUCCCAUCAUGCACUGCUCUAGGCCAGAGUCCAGAGACCGAGCACAUCCGAAGCGCACACAACAAUACAUAUGUGCGCACUAAAAUAAAGGUCACCACAGGUGAGCUCCCCAUAGAGGUCCCACCCAUUGUCCCUAGUAUAACUACAAGUCCACCUGUUCCUGUAGCGACACCUUGCUCCCCUCCUGUCACUAAGUCGUCUGCAGUGCACUCGGGUGGUAGUACCUAUGUUUGCCAGGUGUGUCAAAAAGUUUUCCAGUUCCAGCGUAUGCUAAACAGACACCUGAAAUGUCACAGUGACCAGAAGAGACACUUGUGCGACUUUUGCGGAAAGGGCUUCAACGAUACCUUCGAUCUCAAGAGGCAUGUCCGCACACACACAGGUGUUCGUCCAUACAAGUGCGAUCUCUGUGAGAAGGCCUUCACCCAGCGCUGCUCUCUGGAGUCCCACAUGAAGAAGAUUCACGGUGUCACGCAGCAGUACGCUUACAAGGAGCGCCGCAGCAAGCUGUACGUCUGUGAAGAGUGUGGCCAUACUGCGUCUACCCAGGAUGCACUGCUGCGUCACCUCCACAAUGAACACCCAAACAGUGUCCUCCUGCGGGCCAAGGGGACACGAAGACUGUCGCCAACAGUGAACGCUUCCAGAGACGACAGCUCCCAACCUGGUUCCCCUCUGUCUCAUAACAGCGAUGAUACUGUAGGGUCAGGAGGGAGGUAGAGAAAGGGAUGUUCCUUGUAAAAAUAUUGUUUUAUAUACAAAAGGAUGUGAUUAAUGUGCAUUCUGAUGAUUUAUUGUUUCAUUCAGAGAACAGACAUGAGGGAGGAGGGAAAUUCAAAAAGGGAAAGUGAAGUCAUGCAAAAUGCUGUUUUUAUGGCAGUACGCUGAGAUUCAGUUUACACUGUUGCUGCAGAAUCGAGCUGUACUUUUUCCUGUGAAAGCAGACAAAAGCAGAUGAUAAAGUCUACAGCAUAAGUAUGCACUACUUCACUUUACAUAAUAAUAUUAUUAUUAACAUUGAUGAGAUGAAACACAACUCAGGAGAAAUACGCAGCUGAAUGUGACAUUAAAUCGUUCCAUUUGUACUGUGUGGGACAAUAAUUUUAUGUAGCAAUGUUUCAACACUAAAAUAAUACUGUUAUGAACUCAACUGAUAGUUAUUAUCAGUGGUCUGUGAAUGUUUGAAAUUAGGGUUUUCGAAAAGGGAUUAAUUAAUUUCGUGUUGCUAAUUACUGCUGUAUGUAAUAUAUAUGCAUAAAUUUAUCAUAAAAAGAUUUAUAUUUAUCCUGGUGUAGUUUUUAUAUUUUCUGGGGUAUGUUUGAACAUUUUUGCUCUAGAUUUUAUACAUUUAUUUUCACAUCCUGUAACACUUAUGUUUUUUUGGUGGCAUUAUUAUUUUUUUGUACUUUUUUACAUUCAUAAGCAUCAUAAAUAUAACAUUUUAAUUUCUUGUUACUGUUUGUUUAAAUAAGUAGGAUAUGUGUCAUUCUGUUUUGGUGAUCACAACACACCUCAACAAUAAAUGUUUUUGUUGAUGGUUUAAAAAGAA